AUGAUUGGAAUGAAAGCAGAUGAAAGCAAAGAAGCCGGCGAACAGGCCAACGUUAGUCGCUUCCUCGAGGGAAGGACCGAAGAAUUCGCCUGCAGCGAAUACACCUUCGGCAACGGGGAGAAGCUGCUGCGCUUCGAGGGCCUCAUCAGUGGCCUCAACGCCUACCAGUUGGAAAGGAGGAAGCCGUUCAUCGACAUCUCCCUCGUCCUCGUCGGAAAGGCCGAGUGCCAGCGGGGCCUUCCCCUCGCCGCCGCCGGCCUGGUGUGCAUCGGAGCCCAAAAACCAUCCGCUCGAGGCGAGAUGGACCUGUGGCUCGCGAGCGCCUGGGCCAAGGCAGUCAAGCACGAGACCUCAGCCGCAACUGUGACGAUCAGCACGAGGAAGCUGUUUUCGAAGGAAGAGCCGUUCGACGACUUCUUUGCCCCAUAUUCCGAAUGGCUCUUCCGUCUGCCGGGUGUCGAGCGCGUCCGCGAGGAUUUGCGUGCUGACGUUAUCAUCGAAAUCUACGGCCAGGAGAUGAUGGCGAAUGGCCGACUGCGCGAGCUGGGAGCCCAUUUCUUGUGGCUCAAGAUGCGUGGACCUGAGCCCAGCACGCACCAGGCUUUCAGGCAGCUGGUGAAGUACAUCCACCCGGCGGCUCCAGAACUCGCCCAUUCCGCUGAUGGGAGCGACGCCGAAACCCUUCGCUCCACCCCGGUCUUUGUCCGCGACGUCGAGGAGUGGCUCGAGAAUUAUGUGAAGCCCGCCAACAGCUGGCUGCUCGUCGAUGGCCCCAGCAAUCCGGGGAAACUGCUGAUGGCUGUUUUGGCGGCACAUCGUUUCGGCCCCAAGACGGUCUCGCACCGCGUCGACUUCGGGUCGCACCAUGCGCCUGAAGAUGACCCGAUCCGCGUUGUGCUUGUCAAGGGUAAGAAGGGCUGCGUCGUGCUGUUGUGCUGGCGGCUUCCCGACAUCGACUACCCAGCCGAGCGCGAGGCGGUCAAGCUCCUGUGCCGCGAGCUGCAAAAAUGGCUGCAGGACGAGACCAAGCUCAAGGACCUCGAGGUGGAAGUGGGCGACAAAUUCUACCCCGAAUGCCUCGUCGUGGCGUGGACUUCGGAAGCAGGGCUGCCGGCCGCCACAGAGGACGAGAAGCUGCGCAGCAGGGAGGAGCUGGCCCGUUUCCACCUGAUGCGAUCCUGGGGAGUCGCCGACGUCGAGAAAGUCGGCCGCAUCGUUGACUUGGAGGCCAUUUUGAGGGAGCUGAUCGGAAAGGCGGAUAGCUGGUGGGCCACGGUGACGAGCACGAUCCUGCAGCGCGAGCCCUGGAAGGCCUACGCCGUGGCCACCCCU